UCCACCCAUAUACGUUUUACGGUGACGUAAGUGCUAAGACGCAGCACGUGCGCGCCCGCGGCAGGGUCCGAUAGAAAAUGGCGAGUCUGUGCAAAAGGCAGCAAUGCACGAUCGAGAGGCGCGGCUUUCGGCAGGAACUUGAUUCGUGGAGGCAUAAACUAAUUCACUGUGUAGGGUUUGAAAGUAUUUUGGAAGGGCUGUUUGGACCAGGACUUGUAAAAGACCUCACCGUAUUUAAAGAUUGUGAGCCAGAAGGGGUUUCUGAUUGGUCGUUUAAUAAAAACUGUCUGUUCUGCUGCUUAAGACGAGAAAAAGUGAAGGAACAUUUAGUUGGCUUAGACAAGCAGGCCCUGGCGGCUGGGGAGAAAGCCCUUUGCAAACAGGAGCAGUCCAAAAUACACCGACUCGAGAAGCAAGCAGAAGAGUUCCUCCAUGCAGUCUUCUACAGAAAAGAUGUCCCCAGGGUCUCCGACCCCCACAUUCCUCUAGUGGCUCGCGAGAUAAUGCAGCGAAUGAUCCGACAGUUCGCUGCGGAAUAUACCUCAAAAACCAGCUCUUCUCAGGACCCCAUCCAGCCCAACGGCACCAAGGACCAAAGCCUGCCGAAAGCACCGUCACUCGCUUCUGCUGCUGCCUCUGCACAGAACCCCGUUCUCAGCAAGCUUCUCAUGGCUGACCAAGACUCUCCACUGGAUCUCACUGUUAAGAAAUCUGAAUCUGAAUCCAGUGACCAAGAUGGAGUACUUGAUUUGUCCACCAAGAAAAGUCCCAGCCCAGGCAGCUCAUCCCUCAACAAUUCUCCCAGCUGCUCCACAGGCCCCCUGGAGAAAGGGCGACCAGGGAGAGCUGACCACAACCAUGAAGACGGACAUUCCAGAGAUGCGGAUGGGCUGCCUCAGAGAAGCUUGCAGGACAGGACGAGGGAGAAUUACAGCCACUCCAGCCCUCUUAAGCCUCCAUUGGCUCGCUCACUACAGAUUAAAGAGGAGCUGCAGAACCGGAAGCAGCAGCAGCUGCAACAGCCACCUGUCUCUCUGGCUAGCUUGGAAUCGAUGGGGCUGCUAAAGCAUGAACAGCGCUCCACUCUCUCCAGGCAAGACUCCUGGAGUAAGCCACGUUUUGACAACCACCUGAAGUUCAGGGGGAACAGUGCACUUAAUGACCUGAAGGACCUCCCCUUUCUCUUGGAGAAUUCUGUCGCAUACCACAAGGGUUCAACACAAACAAAAUUGCAGGAGGGAAAAAGGGACCCUCGAAACUCUGCUCCAGUUGAUCUCAAGAUCCCCCAGGUUCGAGGCAUGGACCUGUCCUGGGACUCUCGCGUCUCAGACCUGUACGGCUAUGGGUCGCUGGUGGUGGGUCCUCACUCUGAAAGCGCACUCAGCAAGAAGCUACGGGCCAUUCUCCCCAAACAGAACCGGAGAACAGGCUGCGGGGGCAUCCUUGAGAGGGGUGCUGACUUCUGGGGUUCAGAUGCAGAACAAUCAACUUCUGGACAACAGUACCCAACUUCUGAUACUGAGGGAGACCCCAAUUCAAAGCAACCGAGGAAGAAACGGGGGCGCUACCGGCAGUAUAAUAGCGAGAUCCUAGAGGAGGCCAUCUCGGUAGUGAUGAAUGGGAAGAUGAGUGUGUCAAAGGCACAAAACAUAUACGGGAUCCCCCACAGCACACUGGAGUACAAAGUUAAAGAGAGGCUGGGAACACUGAAAAACCCUCCAAAGAAAAAAAUGAAACUCUCCAGUAUGGAGGGGCAGGAGUCGGAUCCUUUGCUCCGGGGUGAAGGGUCGCAAGGGGCUAGGGAUUCAAAAGACUAGUAAAGAAAUUGGGUGGGGCUUCAGUAGAGUGCCAAUUUACUUUGCAGUAUCUGGGUGAGCACAAACGCAAGAAUUAAGUGAAAAACUUUGAAAAACCAUUUGCUCACUUUACAGUAAUUCUUUAACACUGUAGCAAGCAAUUGGUUUCUGAAACCGUGUUACCCGAUACCUUUUUAAAUUGUAGCUUUCUGAGUGAGUAGCCCUCCCCCUCCUCCCAAGCAAGCUUGAACCCAGAGUGCAGACAAGACUUUACUGUGGCUUGCAACAGCAGACACAGAUAGACCAAUUUGUGGACCAAGCUGGAUGGUUCAAGUCUAGUUCCGAUGACCAGAUAUGAAUCUCUUCCCAUCCUGCAACCCCCCCACCCCCCCUUUUUUCUCCUCCCCCCAAACAUGAUGUAAUCAUCAAGAGGUGAUGUACCUUUUUGUCUCAAUUUUAAAUAAGUGAAGGAUCACUUAUCUAUCUUUUAUUGAUCUGCUCCUUAAAAGCACUCCUAGUAAGACCACCUAGUUGUAAGCAGACCCAUUAUUGAACUUUGCUUUUCAAAUCAACAUCACUUUUUUUCUGUCUUUUCAAGACGAAAGCAGUUUGCAAUUCUGUUUUGCUCUUGCUUGUUUUUGCACUACAUGUUUUACUGUAUGCUUUUUAUUUUUAUAUAUUUUUAUUUUGCUCUUAACUUGAGCUGGAUGACCCUGUCAAACCUCUCUCUUGUUUCUGCACUACAUUUUUUCCUGGUGAAUAAUUUUUUGUUUUUGUUUUUUCCAUUUUCUGCCAGUGAAAUCACUUGGCUGACACAAGUGCUAUUUUGUGGGGGCUGUUAAGUUAGGGACAUAACUAUUGAUCUUACUAUAAUUCUUGGUAGUGAUAAAAGCCAGCCUUUUUCAUUUUAGCUGACAUUUCCUUUUAAGCAUAGAGUAACGUAUUCAUAUGUAUAUACAUAUUUUAUAUACCGAGGGGUGGGGGGGUCUCGUGUCUGAACUUCUGAAAAAGCACUUUUAAAAGGGGGGAGGGUAGAUAAGCUUUAGUGACUGAUUUUUGAAAGAGUGAACAUUCUGAAGGUUAAAGCUUGGAUCCAAACUUUUUUUUUUUUUUAAUAUUAAUAAUUACCUCUAGUAUACACUAGUCUGUCAGAUAGCCAAACUCAGUGAUCAGUUUUAAUUCUGUCCCCAUCAUAUCUGAACAAAAUGGGAGAUUCUAUCAGAUUGUAUAUGCAUGGGCUUAACCUAUUUAAUAGGCAGAUAUAGGACCCCAAUAAAAAGAGUGGAAGCCCUACAGUGAAUUGUAACUUUCUGAAAGCCAGCUUUUGGUUUUAAGGAAAAAAAGAAAAAGCUGUUUUAAGAUCAUACCAUUCACUUUUAUACUGCAAUUAGCACUUACUCUGUUCUGGUCGCACUGCCUGGUCUGAAAUGACAAAACACAGCUAGCUGUCUAGCAGUCUUCAAAUCUCUUCAGGUAUUCACUUCUGAGAACUUCUCAGCCACAGUACUUAUGCUGCCAGGGCAUGUAUUUAGCAGUUGUCCAGAGCCCAUGUUAUCUCCCAUUUUUUUUUAAAUAUUUAUUUUGUAUUUUCUAAAAGCUUUCAAUAGCAGAUCCUUAAUAGUUUACACAAACACAUACAUAAAUGCAAACAUUCACAUGUACAUUCCUUAUAAUACACACAUUAAAUUAAAAAGUAUAUAAAGAUUUACUGUAUGAAUACAUCCACAGACACACUCCCGUAUGCCUACACAAUAUGCUGUAUGCUAUACUGUAUUUAUGUCUGUGUGUUUACUUAAAAGGUUUUUUUACUAUCCAAUUAUUAUUAUUUUUUUUUUUACACACCCUGGAUAGAGUAUUUUGCCUGGUUGUGGGAUACCAUAAUGCUAAUGAAGUACUAUGCAGUAACUCUACCAUAUUCCAGAUUUGGAGGCCUGUAGAUUUGCAGUCCAGGGGGGCACCAUGUGUGCAUUAAAUGCCUAAUACACUUUUAAUAGCACACAGUAUUUAAAGUGUCUAAUUCGUUUUUGGUUUUUUUGUCUUAAAGGUAUAUUGUAGAUCUUUUGAAAUGUGAUAUCUUUUUAAUUGCUGUAUUUGACCUAACUUGAUUACACUAAAUUAGCAAAAGCAAGUACUAAUUGUGAUUGCGUACUGACAGCCACUUUAGAAGAUGAAGUUCAGACCUAUUUACAUACUGUAUACUCAUGGCUUCAAAUAACUGGUGCCUGGUUACUAGAAAGAAGAAAAAACACGAAGCACCACAUUAGGUGACUACUGAUACAUAACCCUAACACAUUUGAAACCGUGUUUACAUGUUCAUAAGUUUUAAAAAAACAAACAAAAAAAAAAAAUGUUUUUUACACUGGUUAUAUAAAGAAAAAUACAAACUCACUGAAUAGAAGCUUUUUGUUGGCACUUGAUGAAGAAUGGUGCCUACAGUAGUUUUCAGAUCAUUCAGUGGAGAGAAACCCACAUUCUCCUUCUUGGCUGCCAGGUGGAUACAUACUGUAUAUUUAGUGGGCAUUGCCUGGCCUGCUUUCCCAAAGUUUGAGGUUUGCUACCAAAAUCUGACUUGGUAACAUGGAGACACAAACGGUCCUACGCCAACGUCUUCAGUACUGCUGCUAAUAUUGUCUGUCUCGGUUAACAGCCCCACCUGUCCCCCACAAUGGCCUCCUUGUGUUUACCUAGCUCUAAUCUGACCCUGAAAGGCAUUUCUAUUCAAAGCUUUCUAUAGAGUGGGAAGAAACCAAGUUGGUGACACAAAUCAUACUCCACAUGUACUUUUGAAAUACUGUGUGGACUGAGGAAGAACUAAGCCUGCAUAGCAUUAUUAUUUAGUAAUACUCGUGGCACCUUUAACACCAGCAAGAGUGUGUUCAACCCACUCUGUGAAAAGAGUCCAUAAUACUAAAAUGUUGUUCCAACGAUGGAAUGUAGAAUUCCACAGUAAUUUGUGGAAUACUGAAACAUUAAAUGGAGGCUUAAAGGUGGGACAGGUGGAUUGGCAUGACCCCAUCCUUUUAUAGUAAGAAGUAUGAUUCUUUAUACCACAUAUCACUUCCGUUAUACCUCAGGUCACAUCUCCAGAGCAGCUGAUUUUAGAACAGUUCAAACACAUCAGGUCUUCAAACAACUAGGUAUUUUCCAGUUAGAACAUCAUUCAGGUUGUUGUUUUAAAGCAGUUUUAUUCUUGCAGAACCCAGGUUUACUUCAGUGCAGCGGAUCAGCUGUGCACACAUCAGGUCUUAAACAGCUACUAGAUACCCGUUAUAGCACACAUCAGGGAUCCAGAAAAGUGGAUUAUUUAAAGUUGUAUAACAUCAGUUCUACACUAUAAUGUAGUUGUGUUGCAUAUAGUGACACCCAUAUGGUGUCCACAACAGUCAAGGACACAACAGCGUUUGUCCACAGCGUUUAACAUUUUUGCCAAUUAAAGAGAAAUGGCCAUCGACUCAUGACUUUGUAUUUCUCAGCUGCUGUCAGUUUCAGUGUCUCUCAUAGUAAAGAUGUUUUGCUGAGCUCUGAGCAUUGGAGUAAGAGUAGUGUCCAGUAUGAAAACCUGGAGCGAUUUCUAGCAAACGACCAUUGUUGAAAUUUAUUUGGUCUGUAAAGGGUUAGCUCUGUUGUGCAUCAGGGUUUUUUCCUUUGUUUUUAACGCUUGUGAAAGAGACAAAGCUAUUUCCUCAUGUAUUUUGAAAACGGGAGAUCGGUGCAAAGUCUGCCAUUGGAAUACUUUUUUGGUUUUCUGGAAAAUCAUUAACCCUGUGGAUUAAUCAGUAUGUGAAAGGUGCAGUAGCAUUUAAAGGGUAGGCACGUCAAUAUUUUGUUAUCUUAUCACUGUAAUGAGAGACUACAUUUAAAACCUCUUGGCACAAAUCUGUACUUGUCGAGUGGCCCACUUUGUCAAACUUUUUGCUUUCAGUUACUCUGGUGAGUGUUUGCAUGACAGCUGUGUAUCUCUUCUUUUUUUUUUUUUUUUUUAAGGGGAGGAUGGUAUAAACAUGCCCCCCCCUUUUUUAUUUUUUAAAAUGAUUUUGUAUAACAUUUCUCUGUUUUUUAAAAUCUUGGUUCAUGGCCAUAUAUUUCAUUGCUGCCUUAAGGGUCCCCUCUUUUAACCUACUUUGUAAGAACAGUGUUUUUAUGACUCUCUUUUCAUUAGAACACUCCUUUUUUUUUUUUAAGCUUCUUUUCCAUCAAAACAACUCAUGUCUGUUCUAGAAUAGGCUUUACUACCUCAGCCUGAUUCAUGUGUAAUAGUACCAUCUAAUUAUUAGAUGCCAUGAAAAAGCAAUUAAAAAGAAAUAAAAGCUUGUUGUAAUAGAGAAACAUCUUGGGAAGAAUGAAUUAGCAGAAAGAAAGAAAGACCUCCGUUAGAAUAUAGUGGAAGUUGCUCCUGAAUUUGUUGCUUGACAAGAUUAUUUUGGAAAGACUGAAUCCUUUAGCAUCUGUACAUAAAACAUUUGACUUGAUUGUUGUCGGAAGAUUAACAAUGUAUGAGUAUUACGUUUCAAAUGGCAGGAAUAAUACCCCUCAGACUGCACAUGAUCUAUACUGACUGACCUGGUUGGGCACCGCAUAGAGCACUCUAUCUUCCAUUUUAUAUGGAAUGGCACCCAUUCUAGCUAACCCUCCCCUCUGUCAGUGUUGAGUUUAUGCCUUUUAUUUUUGCAUUGACAAAGUUAAGAGUGAAGUAAGAAUUUUCUUUUCAUGCCUUGACCCAGGUUAAAAGAAAUGAAAACCAUGGUGAUCCCAUCUGGUGCUGUGAAACUCAAUACUCUUGUUGUUCAUGUUGAUUGUUUCAAACAUAUCCUGGUGCUCACACUACAGGUCUGUUCACCAGGACUGGGUUCCUUUUCUUUUAGUUGAGUUUUAUUUAUUUAUUUAUUUUUUUUUGUAUAUUUUAGUUUAUCACUCACUUUACCUACCAAAGGUGCUCUUAUGUGAGCAGAAUGAAAACGAGACUCAUUAAAAUAACUAUCCCAGUAAAUUUAAGGUGGCUAUUUGGGUUCUAGCCAAAGAUUACAAUUUGAGGAUGUAGACUAAAGCUGGAAAUCAAGUAACAGGCUGUCUGACUAAAGAUAUAUUGUUUUUGUGUUUACCUGUGUAAGUUGUAGCGAUAGGAACAGGACCAUGGUUCUCUCUGGUGUUCUGUUUUUGGUUUGGGGUUCUAAUAAUGAAGGAAGUGUUUAAGCCGAUUUUUUAAAUACUUUCUCUGCACCAUCCAGCAACAAUAUCAAUGCAGAUGCCCUGUAUGUUCUGUUUCAUUAACCCUAACAACACAGUAUACCUCAAAACGGCCAUGCAAGUGUCAUUAUCCACAAACGACAGUGUGUCUCUCUACUCAUUGUGGGGCAGCCUUUGGUUAUUUUACAGGCAUUACUGUAGUGCACAGGACUUAACUUAGGGCACUUGGGGCGGGGGUGGUAUUUGAUGGGGUAGAAAAAAGGGGAAGGGUGAUUUUAGAGUAGAGAUUCAUUCUUUAUAUAAAAAAAAAAGUUAACAUGCUUUAAGUACUGUUUUAAAGCAGUUUAUCUGACUUGUAGCGAACACAGGAAAGUGGACUUUCUAAAACCUUUUCUGUUAACAUUCACAUUUUUAUUUGUGUUGCUUUUUUUUGUAUAUUUAAUAGUAUAUGAUUGAUAGAAGGGGAUUUCAUGGUUGUUUCAAAACAGGACACAGGGAUCACCCUCUGAAAAGAAGACUAAUUAAAUAAAAAUGAAAGUAAAUGAUCUAUCAUUCCUGUUGAUCCUAAGGGUUGGUGGAAUUCAUGUUUUACCUCAAAUCUUAAACGUUCUGCUUAAUCAUUUGACCAUUUCCAAGUCCUGAUUCUAGGUGACUGCAACAUCCCUUCAGUAAAUAUAACUAAUUAUUGUUACCACUACAGCAAGGUAUUCAGCUCUUUUUCCUUACUACAGAAUUACUGCUUUUUACAGCCGGAAUUCAGGAAAUAUAUAUAAAAACCUUUUCUACUUCAAGAAAAGUGAAUGUAAAAAAAAACACACACUGAAGCGCCAGCUGUUAUAUAAAUAUAUAGAGACAGAGAGAGAGAAAUAUAUAUCUAUAUAAUUGCUAUUGAGUUGAAGGGAUACAAAAUGUCUCUUGUUUUUCAACUCAGGGAAUAAGUUAGCAGACAUUUCUCCCUCUAAUUUUCAAGCCAUGUUCAUAAAUAUCUUUUUGAGGAGAACAUGUUCAAGUUUGACUACAGAAAAGCCUGCUAUUGUGCAGAGUGGAUCGUUUUUUUGUUGUUUUUUUAAAUGUAUAAACCAUUAUAUUUAUGGAAAAUAAAUGAAGGGAGAUUUGUACAUAGUAAUCAAGUAUCAGCACUACCCAUGUCUUGAGUUUGUGUUUUGCAGGGAAAGUAUAAUUAAAAUGCUCCUGAGACAUGCAAGAUGUCUACUGCCUGCAUUGUGGGUGCGUGGGGUCUUGCUUAAAUGUUACAAUGUAAUGUUGAAUUUAAUCCUUUCUGGUGCAAAAAAUAAAUACCUAAUUUGAACAGUAGCAAUCCCCAGGAUUGUAGUGGACUAUUUGGACAGUCCUAUUUGGUAGUGAAUAUCUUUGAAAUGCUGCCUUAGGAGCUUCUGAAAACCAGAAUAGUUUCAAAACUAUUUUUUUUAUUACUAUUAUUUUUUUUUUUUUCUGUCACCCACACUAAAAAAUGUUUUGCAGUUCACUGUUCUUAACAUGCACAAUCAUGAUGUGUAUUGCUGGUACUGCAGUGUUUCUACCUGAUGAUGCUUUUAAAAAAAAUAUUGACUUGUACAAAAUAACUGUGCUCUCUCUCUCUCUCUCUCUCUCUCUCUCUCUCUCUCUCUCUCUCUCUCUCUCUCUCUCUCUCUCUCUCUCUCUCUGCCUGUCUCUGUGUCUCUCUCUCUCUCUGUCUCUGUCUCUCUCUCUCUCUCUGUCUGUCUCUCAACUGUCCCUGCUUGUCCAUUGUCAGCUGUUUUAAAAUCAACAGAUUUGUGUGAAUUUACUUGUAUAUACAGAUUUCCAGGCUCAGGGACAUUUUACACACUACUCAUUCAAUUCAGGUACUUUCUCUAGAUUCUGAAGCCUAGCAGUGACUUUUCUUAACAAAGAAAAAAAAAAAAAAAGGAAAACGUGCCUGUUAAAGAGGGUGUGUUUUUUUUUUUUUUUUUUGCUUAAAUUUUAAUGAAUGUCAAUUUUUAACUCUGUUUAGGUGAAAUAUUAGCCAAACGGUGUUUUUAAAGCUGCAUUAAACUCCAGCACACAGUGCCUCAGACACUUAAAUAGUGGCAUUCUGUAUUUUGUUACUGCUCACCAGAUUACUGGGGUCCUGUUCUCUGGACAUCUUGUCUGUUUUUAUUAGGUUAAAACUUUUCAUAUUGUUUUUAAUAUGUACAUUUUCCUAAUCUUUUGAAAACAAACAAGUUUAUUUAUUACGUAGGCAAAAACCUUGCUAGAUAUGUGCUACCCCUAAGCGAUCUUUUACAUAUUUUAAAUGACAGUACCUUGUAUUAGGCUGCUGUGCUAUUUUAUUGCUACCAUGCUGCUGAAAGGCGUAGGAUUGCAGUAGUAGUGCAUGUUACUAAUCUAGUCCCUAUACCACAUUUUUUAAUUUGUAUCAAAUCAACAUGAGUUUAACUACAUUCUGAGCCACUUGCCUACCCUAGAAUGUUUAUUUUAGGGUUAAUGAUGGGGGUUGAAUAAAAUUUACGUUAACUGGGGUUCCAUGUAAAAGGCUUCAAUGUUAUCUUUGUUAUUGGGCGCAGUAACAAAUCACCUAGAAUAAUUCCAUUGCUUACUUUUAGUGGCCCUGAAGGUGAGGCAUCUUUUUAGAAGACAUGUUUCAUCAAACCUUUAGCAGGCUUUUGUGAACCUUCGCCUAUCUUGAAUAAAAUGGACAUUGUAUAUCUAAUUGAAAUGCUUACAUGGGGGCUGUGUUACUGUACGUGCAUUAUUUACUGAUCAUUUCAGAGUUUUGGUUUGUUUUCUUUCAAAGAAAUAUAUAUCUUUUUUUAAAUACCUCAUUCAAUUUGCUACAGUUAAGAGCACUUGGAAAACGACCCAAGUUCCUCUCUGUUCAGUCAGAUGUUCAGAAAACAGGAACUCCAAUACCUUAAUGGACCUCAUUUCAAUAUUUACUGUUUACAGUUUGACACAAUUGUAUAAUAUUUCUCUUGUACUGUAGUUUUUAUUUAUGUAUUUUUUUUUGUUCAAUUUCUUUUUGUACCGUGUGAUUCCAAGCUAUGAUCAACGUCUGUUUAGUAGAGCACUUAAAUUAUCACAAGAAUUAUGUUGGUUUGAUUGCACUAUGUAUAAUUUUAAUGCAAUUCCGUUUUAAUUUAUUUUGGUUUGCUUGGACUAAUUAAAACAUAAUAAAUAAGCUGUCUCCUAAUGUAUGUGAUGAAGUACUUUUUUUUUUUUUUUUCUUUCAAAAAAAAAAAAAAAAGAUUUUUUUUUUUCUGUGAUCUCUUGCAUUGAACGUCAGGCAAUGCUGAUUAAUUCUGUCUUUGUGCAUGUAAUAUUUUACUGGUUAUGUUGUAUUCUUAGAAGAUUCCAUUUCCGCAACACAUUGUAAUGUUGUGUAAGGUCGUACUCACUGGAUGCUAGAACCAUUUCUUUUCGAACCACUAUUCUUCUAAUAAAUUUUGUUGUGA